AUAUAUAUAAGACAGAGCGCCAGGUCUGAGAUAUGUUUCAUUCUUCGUAGACAAGUCAACAGCAACAUAAUGACGUCAUUUCGAUGUGUGGUAGUAAUCUUGUGCGCAUGCGCAGCAGUGGCAACUGCAGCACCAAAGAAAUCAUGCAAAGUUUCGACAAUGACUCGAAGGAGAUGUGGGCCCACCAACAUCGGGCAAUCAGAAUGUCAGACAAGGGGCUGUUGUUACGACACUAAAGCGUUCGGAAGCAUGAAGUGUUUUAGAAAAGAAUACACAUUAUCGUUUGGUCAUCAACCCACUAAGUCACCAACAACCGGUCGCAACCCUCAACCCACUAAUAAUGACAAAACAUUUGGUCUUCUCGGAUUGUUAGGAAACUCUCAAAUUGAUCAAAAUUUGGCGAUUGCUUCUUUGAUAGCAGACGGCGAUUCCAACAACAGUGGGGUUGGAAAAUUGGCUCUCGGGAGUGUUCUUGGUUCAAAGUUUUUCAAGAAUGACGCGAAGUUUGCAUUUUUGGACAAACUCCGCAGAGAUGGAUUAGGUCGUAAAUACAUCGGUGGUUCGACUUCGAAGCCGAUAAACGUGUAUGGUAAACGUUGUGACGUAACGAAGGUUUCAAACACUUGCGGAACGUCAUCAAAAGAUACAUGCGGUCGGUGGGGUUGUUGUUGGCAUGACGUCACAAAGACAUGUUAUCACGCAACAGUGCAUAAAGUUAAUAAGUGGUAGUUUGUUUUAUUCACAAUGCGUGUGAUAUUUAAUCGAAUUUUAAUUGUUAUUUACUCAAUACAAUGAUUGACGUGUUUCA